AUGGCAUCCGGCGGUUCCCAGGCCCAGUCCGCCUGGAUGGCGUCGUACAAGGAUGCCAGGGCCCAUCACGCGCUCGACUCGGCCUUCCACAAGCUGGAGGGUCACAUCCAGUCGCACACGGCCCUGCUCCAGAAGCACGCCCAGAUCCGCGUGGCGAAGUGGCUGGCCAAACUCUCUGAAGAGACGGCCAACGUGGUGUGGAAGCGCAAUAGGAACGCCUGGGCGCGGCUGCUGCUCGCCCAACUCCGCUGCGGGCGGCUUGAGGACCCCUUCCACCUCCUGCCUCCGGAGACGGCCCUCCCCCCCGUGCCCAAGCAUGCUGUGUUCACAGCCCCGGCAUGCAGUGCCUCGACAUCCCUGACUCCAGACCGAGUAUCGCCGAGCCAGCAGCCCGGCAGGCCGGCGUUGCUCGAUACUGCAGAGAGCUCGGUGCCCUCUGCGCCUGGGCCUGCACCGCAAGCUGCUCCGGUCCACACCAUCGUCACGCUCUCCUCCGACGCAACAGCCAGUCCCAGCCAGGAGUUGCAAGCCUACCUGGACACCCAGGGCGUCCAUGUCCCGGAGUCCGACCAUUCACUGCGGAGCACAUGCCCCGGCACACGCAUGGGGACGCAGGAUGCAGCAGCCCCACUAACAAGCCCUCCUGCACAGGGUCCCAGCCCAGAUGCAGGCGGCGAGGAGCACGGGAUGACCCUUGCCCUGGUCCUGGCCCGGGAGGAGGCGCACGUCCUGUCGCCCGCCACGCCGACGGACGGCGGCGUGGCCCGGUCCCCCUCGCCUGCGAGUCGGCAGGAGGUUGAGUGGGACCCGCCCGAGGUCGCGAGCACGGCCAGCCUCCAGCGACGCCUGGCGCGCAGCAUCAGCGACAUGCUGCUGGUCGGGGUGGGGUCGCCGGAGGUCGGCGCCAAGCCCCUCAGACUCGGUCAGAGGCUGUAUGGCUGA